ACGUGUUUAUUACGUCGGUACAAGAAAGACAAAAAAAAUAUUAAUAUAAAAUUAAAAAAAAAAUUUAACAUUUUAAUUUUACUUUUUUCCGGUUAAUAACUAUUUUCUGAAAAGGAUUUGUUUCGUCGAUUGUAUUUGAAUGUGGUGCAUAAAUUAUAUUUAAAAUUAAUUAGGAAGAAAAUGAUAAAAAAACUUGAUGAAAAAAAAAAUGAAAAUUUCUCAAAAAUUUUUGAAACAACAUUAAGUAAAAAAUAUGAAGAAAAGAAGCUGAAAAAGUCACAAAAAAAGCAAUUCAAAUUUUUAUGAAAAAAGUUUACGGAAUAUUGACACUUUAUUUCAACGUUAUUUUCGCAUUUUAAUUUUCUCUUAAUAUUUCCUAUCAAAAUGGACUGGACAUGGGCAGUUGGUGGUGUGUCAGCAGAAGUACCACGUACUACAGGUCCAGAAUGUGUCAAUUAUAUGACAAAUAGACGACGUUUAACAGAAUCAUUUUUAGUUGGAAUAAUAUGUUUACUCUCUAUUCAAUUGACAAUAAAAAAGUUAAAACCACUUAAUUUACCAUGUUACUUAAGGUCAAAUCAAGAACUACCACCCCCACUUGGUAGACGUUUAUUGUUAGUAGCGAUGACUUUUAUAUUUGGUUUGGAAAUGGGUUUUAAACUAUCAACAAGAUCAGUGAUAUUUAUAUUAAAUCCAUGCCAUAUCACAACGAUGAUACAAAUUUACCUCUUAGCUGCAAAACCAACACGAACAACGACUGCUUUAUUUAGAAUACAAAAUAAUUAUUUAAAUGGACCAUUAUUAGCGUUCGUAUUUCCAGAGCAUGAUUCCAGAACGUUACCAUUAGAACAAUUCACUUAUUGGGUUCAACAUGCCCUUUUAUUUAUAAUUCCAAUUUAUUUGAUAAGAGAAGGAGGUGCCUAUAAACUAGAAAACAUAAUGGAUUUUAAAUGGAACUUAAUCGGUAUAGCGAUAAUGUUACUCUAUCACUUCUGUUUUUUAAGUCCGAUAUCAAUGUUAACUGGUGUCAACUUAAAUCAUAUGCUGUGUGCUGCAUUAGCUGACCCAUUUCAAGGUCCAAAUUAUCGUAUUGCAGCAAUAAUACAUCAAUCAUUAUUAUGUCCAAUAUUAUGUAAAUUAAUUACAAUUAUAUUUACAAAUAAAAAACAAAUUCAAUUAGAUGUGAAAAUUAGACAAAAUAAUCAUGAAAUGAUAUAUAAUAGUGAACAUUCAAAUAGUAAUAACUAUAAUAAUAGUCAAAAUAAUACUAGUAAUAAUAUAGAAAAUUUAUUAGGAAGUCAAACUACAAUUAUUGAAGAACCUAUACCAACAACCAAAAUUGAUUAGUAUUAUACCUUCAAAAUUAUACUUAGGAAGUUCAAUU